GCGCGCGGCGCGGCCCCGCCGAUAUAGCGCGGCGCGGGAGGCGCGGCCGGCACUCGGCGAGCGGCGCUCCGCGGGUGCGGGGCUGCGCGCACGGGCGGCGACAGCGACAGCGACAGCGGCGACAGCGGCAGGGCUUGCCUGGGCUGGCCGAGCAUCCUCCAACUUGGAACUGUCCACCGGCGAGAGCUCCUGAACAUGAGCCUCCUGCCUCUCUACCUGCUCGGAUUGCUCCUCAGUAGCGGGCAAGCUUUACUUCAAGUAACAAUUUCCCUUAGCAAAGUUGAGCUCAGCGUGGGUGAAUCCAAGUUCUUCACAUGCACAGCCAUUGGUGAGCCUGAGAACAUAGACUGGUACAACCCACAGGGAGAGAAGAUUGUUUCGGGCCAGAGGGUGGUGGUUCAGAAGGAAGGCGUGCGGUCCCGCCUCACCAUCUACAACGCCAACGUGGAGGAUGCCGGCAUCUACCGGUGCCAGGCGGCAGACGCCAAGGGACACACCCAGGAGGCCACUGUGGUCCUGGAGAUUUACCAAAAGCUGACUUUCCGGGACAUAGUGUCUCCACAAGAGUUCAGGCAGGGAGAGGAUGCAGAAGUUGUUUGCCGCGUUACGAGUUCCCCUGCUCCCGUUGUCAGCUGGUUGUAUCGGAAUGAGGAAGUCACAGCUACUGCUGACAAUCGAUUUGCAGUAUUAGCAAACAAUAAUCUCCAAAUUCUUAACAUCAAUAAAAGUGAUGAAGGAGUAUACAGGUGUGAAGGAAGAGUGGAAGCAAGAGGAGAAAUUGACUUUCGGGACAUAAUUGUUAUUGUGAAUGUUCCCCCUGCAAUCAUUCUGCUACAGAAAUCCUUCAAUGCCACUGCAGAUCGAGGAGAGGCAGUAACUUUGUACUGCAGGGCCACUGGAUCACCUCCCCCUGAGAUCAGUUGGUACAGGAAUGGUAAACUUAUUGAAGAAAAUGAAAAAUAUGUCCUGAGAGGAAGCAAUACACAACUGACAGUCAGAGAUAUAAAAAAUAUCGAUGCAGGUCCUUAUAUCUGUAAUGCUAAAAACAAAGCAGGAAAUGACAAAAAACAGACAUUCCUUCAAGUUUUUGUGCAGCCUCAAAUAAUACAACUUAAAAAUGAAACCACAUUUGAGAAUGGGAAAGUAACCCUCAUCUGUGAAGCAGAAGGAGAACCUGUCCCAGAGAUUACAUGGAAAAGGGCCAUUGAUGGAAUGACUUUCUCUGAAGGUGACAAGAGCCCAGAUGGCCGUAUAGAAGUCAAAGGGCAGCAUGGGAAGUCGUCACUGCAUAUUAAAGAUGUGAAGUUGUCAGAUUCAGGGAGAUAUGACUGUGAAGCGGCAAGUAGAAUUGGUGGGCACCAAAAGAGCAUGUACCUUGAUAUUGAAUAUGCUCCAACAUUUGUGUCAAAUCAGACCAUGUAUUACUCUUGGGAAGGCAAUCCCAUCAAUAUAACCUGUGAAGUGCUAGCAAAUCCAUCUGCCUCAGUCCAGUGGAGAAGAGGAAAAUUAGUUUUACCAGUAAAAAAUACAACUCACUUGAAGACCUACAGUACAGGAAGAAAGCUGAUUUUAGAGAUUGCUCCCACAUCUGACAGUGAUUUUGGACGGUAUAACUGUACAGCCACAAACAGAAUAGGAACAAGAUAUCAGGAGUAUACACUUGGUCAAGCUGACGUGCCGUCCAAUCCGUACGGAGUGCGAGUCGUGGAGCUGUCCCAGACCACGGCCAAGGUGUCGUUCAACAAGCCGGACUCACAUGGAGGUGUGCCCAUCCACCACUACCAGGUGGAUGUGAAAGAGGUAGCCUCGGAAACAUGGAAAAUAGUUCGCUCCCAUGGAGUUCAAACUAUGGUUGUUCUGAGCAAUUUGGAACCAAAUACAACAUAUGAAAUCAAAGUAGCUGCUGUAAAUGGAAAAGGACAAGGAGAGUAUAGCAAAAUUGAGAUCUUUCAGACCUUACCUGUCCGGGAGCCAAGCCCCCCUUCAAUUCAUGGACAACCAGAGAGUGGCAAGAGUUUUAAACUUAGCAUAACUAAACAAGAUGAUGGAGGUGCCCCCAUACUGGAAUAUAUUGUCAAGUAUAGAAGUAAAGAUAAGGAAGACCAAUGGCUAGAGAAAAAAGUACAGGGUAGUAGAGACCACAUCAUCUUAGAGCACCUUCAAUGGACCAUGGGUUAUGAAGUACAAAUUACAGCUGCCAACAGACUGGGUUAUUCUGAACCAACAUUGUAUGAAUUCAGCAUGCCACCAAAGCCCAACAUCAUUACAGACACUCUUUUUAAUGGUCUGGGACUUGGUGCUGUCAUUGGCCUGGGAGUGGCAGCCCUUUUGUUAAUCCUGGUUGUGACUGAUGUUAGCUGCUUCUUUGUACGACAAUGUGGAUUGCUCAUGUGCAUCACCAGGAGGAUCUGUGGGAAAAAGAGUGGUUCAAGUGGAAAAAGUAAAGAGCUGGAAGAAGGAAAAGCUGCUUACUUGAAAGAUGGAUCAAAAGAGCCAAUAGUGGAAAUGAGAACAGAGGAUGAAAGAAUUACCAACCAUGAAGAUGGAAGUCCAGUAAAUGAGCCAAAUGAGACAACUCCCCUCACAGAACCAGAGAAGCUGCCACUAAAGGAGGAAAAUGGCAAAGAAGCUUUAAAUCCAGAAACCAUAGAAAUCAAAGUUGCUAAUGACAUCAUCCAGUCAAAAGAAGAUGAUAGCAAAGCAUAAUAAGAUAAACUACAGCUGUCUGGAUAAUGCAUUUGGAUUGAAGUAAUCCUGUGACCAAAACUUUACAGCUGACCUUAAUUUCUUGGGAAACUUAAGCUUGGAAUAGUUAGUACAUGUGUACAUACAAUGAAACAGCUCCUGUCUACAGUUCUUUUCUAUAUCUUUUUUUGUUGUUAAUGGUUUUUGUAUGUAGUUUUGCUGACACCAAGUCCAUGCUAUAAAUUUGAAAAAUCUGCAGAAUAAGAUCUAUAAUUUAUUAUAUGAAAAGUGUGUCUAUUUAGAAGAGAAAUUCUAAAGCACCCCUGACUACAAACAGCACAUCAGGCCUCUCCAGAUCUUACCAUGCAAGCUACAUACAUGAAAUGCCAUAUGCUGAUGUAUUUAUUUCCAUUUAUAACAAAAAGAAAAUUUAGGUUGCCUUUAAAAAAAUCCCAAACAGCUAAACCAGUCUUGGUAUAAUGUUCAAGAUCUUAGCUCUGGCUGGCACUCAGUAGUCAUUCCAGCUGUGAUUAUCACUUGAAGCAUUAAAAAACCCACAAACUCUUCAACACAGAGCCAGGUCCCACUGCAGUUUCUUCUGGGUUCUUCAAUUAAAAAACAAAAAACAAAACAAAAUAAAACAAAACAAACAAACAAAAAACCUGGUAUUCACAAUAUACCAACUCAAAUAAAAUUGACAAAAUAUUUCACAACAAUCUAUUGGCCUCAUCCUAAUGAUAUGAGAGUGAUUCUGAAAGGCUCUAGGAUUUUCAAUGCUUCAGGUUUUCUGUAUGAAAGUUUUGAGAGUUACAUGUGAACUAAAAUGCAGCCAAGGUGUGAAAAGAAAUCUGGUUUUUAAUCAUAAUUUUCACUUUAAAUGAAAACUUGCAAUAUUUGUUCCAACAUAUUUUUACAUACAGAGUAUUCAUUUUUGUCUUAGUUCAAACCCUUUAGCUAAGGGAUAAAACUGUGGUUUAGUGAAGUAAAUACAUUUUCUCCCCAAAUCAAUAUAUAAAAUAUCAAACUUGGCCUUUUUUGAAGCAGGACUUUUUCCUUUGUGAUUUCAUAUCCUUUGUCUUAACAAGUACUAUUUAAGAACAGAUGGAAAAUGUGGGUUUUUUUAAGCAGUUAGGAAUAAUUUUUAAUUAUUAACUAAUGCAAUCUUAUAUUCAGCCAAAUACUUUUUUUUUCCUUAUCAAACUUUCUUUAAGAUAUUCCUUUUUAUCAUUCUGGUCAUAUUCCCCCACAGGAAAUUUGACAGAUUUAUUUCAUCUGAAAUUCAUUCAUAUGAAUGAAUCAUUGAUUUAAUUUAUUGUUCCACUAACUGGAGCAAUAUUGUUUGUUUCCAUUCAGCAUAGUGCAUCCACACUAACAAACUCUUCAAAAGCCUUGCUUUGAAAAAAGUAGAUAAACCAUAGAAAACUCUACUGGAAAAUUUUACUUGUUGGGAGUAACUGGUAGAGCAAGUUGUGAAUUUUCCACAUCUAAGUCAUGCCUGAAGUUUAAAUGUACUUUUACUCAUCAAAUUAUGUUUUAUCCAUGCUAUAUCUGAAUUUUGAUCGUAUUUAAAUCUUUGUACUUUUGGACUUUUGUGCAGUAAAACUGAAAGUGAAAUGUGAAAGGAUCUCCUUAAAUUUGAAGAAAAUGUCUUAAUAAUUUUCUUGUUAAUCUAAGUUUAAGUGCAUUUGAAAGAGCUGAGGAGAAUAUGUUUAUAUUUAAUUCUUAGAUCUUUCUUAUUUUUAAAAAGCAAGUUAUUUUAUGAGUUUUUUUACAACUUUUCCUCACUCUGGGAAAUACCUAAAAUGAACCAAGGAGUUGAGGACAGAGACAUACUUCUGGUCUGGCUAGGACAGAGGGCCAAAUCCCCACAAAAAUCAGUACCAAAGUGGAGAAAAUGGAUAAGAGGGGAUGGUGAUAUAGGAUGAAAGUCAUGGAAGAUAAUAAUUGAAAACUGCUGUAAAGAAGUUUCUCUAAAUGCUGAGACACUAAUUCUGGGUGAAGGGAAGAUGGAGAUAUUCCCUUAUGAACUCUCAGUGUUGCUCCCAUAUGCUCAGCAGGCAGUACUACUAAAUAGCUGCUUGUCUAUCAGAUUUCUGAUAAUUUCUAAUCAGAUUUCCUGACUCUUUGUAAGCACACAGCAAGCAGGCCUGCUCCUAACCAUAAUGAGGAGAACAGUUGUCUCAUUUAUCUAUAUGGAUAUAUAUUCUUUCCAGAAAGCAUGUACUUGCAGCUGAGCUUUCUUCUUCUAUCAAAAUAUAAAGAAGGGACCUGGACAACCCCAGCAGCUGAGAAUAAUCUUGUUGGUGUGGUUUGAACAUCCUCUCACACAAUAUUUUGACUGGGAUGAGGAUGAAGAUGGUAGACAAUUUCCUCUUCUACCUGCUGUGACAAUUUUGGAUGGUGCAGUUCAAUCUUCCCUAGGCAAAUGGUGUUUUUUCUGAAGCCAGCCUGAUUAUAUCCACAAGAAGGUGCCAAUGUAGCAGAACUAACAGUGUCUAGGCUCAACUGCAGAUGCUUUUCAAAUUUUAGUACUUCUUUGCUGAACUUACAGAAAAAAAAAAAUCAUAUCCUAACAGUUCUAUAUUGGUGGGUGUUUUCCUUUUUUUUUUUUUUUCCCUGACAUGGCUUCUAAUUACAAGGGAUUAGAAGAUUUAAGAGGUCUUGUCAGCACAUUUAUUACUAAUAUGCCUGUGCUACUCUUUACAAGCAAAAUAUAUUACAGUGUUAUUUCAAUAUUGGAAGCAAAAGCAUUUCCCACUAUACUGGAUUACAAAUCAAAAGCUGUUUCCAAGAGUAUUUAGUUUCUUCUUGCUGUUAUGUCUCUUGGCAGUUGAGCUGUGUGAGGGCUGAGAAUAAAACUGCUCUAAAUUUCUGAUGGACUGUCCAAGCUCACCUUUUUUGGUCUGUGGAUUAAUAGGUUAUCUCUUGUGCUUGAGCUCUGUGCUGCGCAGGAGAAAACCAAACUCUCACUAUGAAAAAAUGCUGAAAAAAUACUUCAAAACAGUUCCAAAUAUUUCCAAAUGAGAGACAGCGCAUAGUAAUUUGUAAGAUAUAUGUAGAACUGGAAUAACAACAUUUGUUUAUUUUCUUUUCCUAUUCUAGAUUAAAAAAAGAAAAAAAAAGCAAAAACAAAACAAACAAAAAGAGGUAUCUGUAUAAAUGUCACUUUUACUGUCUAAAAGUAAUUUUAAGUGUUAGUAUGAAAUGUCAGAAGAGUUGACAAAAUAUAACUAUUUGUAAAAGUAAUCUGAAUUGUUACACUAACAUACUCCAGGGACCAAGGUGGGAGGGAACCAUUGAAAUUAGUACUGAACAAAAUGUGGCAGUGACAAUCUCUUUUCAAAAAAAAAAAAGGAGUAAAAGUAAAAUUGCUUAAAGCUCCUUGCUGUUUUUUUUUUAGUAGACUGAGUUCUAAUUUACAAUAAUAACGAAGUUUUAAUUAAUAUUUUACAAUUUAGUAAUCAAACGUACCCUGGAGAGGUUUUUUUUCUGGUUUUGUUUGUUUAUUUGCCUUUUUUGACUUCUAAGAUUUUUUUGUGGUUGCAGAAAUAUUUACUAUUCUGGUGAUGCUAAUGCCUAAUGUGACAAAGAUUAAUUUAUUCAGGCCUCAGUCUUGCAAGAAAUUUUGUGUGGUUGACCCCACCCCUUACAUGGCACCACAGUGUCAUUAGUGGGGUGGGUGUGAGUGGGAAGAUGGAUUUACUUUCACAAGAGAACUUGCAGGAUUGGGGCUACUUUCUAUUUCUUCAUAGAUAUCUUCAACAUAGUUACACCAUGGCCAUCAUCUACAAAGGCUGUUUGACAUCAGUCCCUGGUGCAGUAAAUUCCAGCUGCUGUCUCCAGCCUCUGCAUCGAUGUUCAUCCCAAAAAACGUGGCUUUCUUUUUAUGAUGGUAAUUAGUUUGAUUAUUUAUUUCAGUGCCAAUCAUCAAACUGUAGUAUAAUCAUCACACCAUUUUUUCUGUUUCGUAGUCCAGAUAAUGGAAAUGUAUUUGUGCCUUUUGAUAGCAUGCCACUCUGCUUUAUUAAAGAAAAAUCUUCAACAAUUUGUCUACAAAGCCUGUUUAAAAUAAUUGAAAGCUUUACUGUCACAUACUUUUCUGCUCAAAUAUUAAUCUAAAUUAAACUGAAGGUAUUAUUUUCAAGUCACAUAAAUAUUUGAAACACAGAAUUUGCAAAAAUCUAUUGAGAUCAUGAUUCCAGUAAGGGUCAGGAUGGGUGUCUUACUGCUGAAAAGUUUCAAGUAGAUGGAGAACGUGAUGAAUGUAUAGGGGUGCUUUGACCAAUUUCUCAAGUUGAAGGUCAGAUAGAAAGUCUCCUUAGUUCUAUUUAAGUGCUUAGACCUAAAACAUUAAAAUCUUUCCUCAAAUCUGAGAGGAGCAUCUUCCCACCAUUUUACCUCUGGAGUAAAACUGGAGAGAAUGUUCAUUUCACAGUUGUUUGCAGCCUCACCAUUGCUGUGUAAGCUGUUGUAGGAAGGAACAUCUUUGUAGAAUAGUUGUGUCUGUUGGAUGAUAUUCACUCCUGAUAAAGGACCUCCAAAAUACCAUUUACUGAGAAAGUUCAAGACCUCUUUGAGCUAUGGAGGGGUGCUAAGAGUGCUGCACAAAGAGUCCCAGUAGAAUUCUGGCCUCUGUCCAGGCCUCCAGGGGUUAAGACACAAACUGAUUCCAGCAGGACCUGGAUUUCAUUCAUCCACCUCAGCGAGGCUCUGCCUGUCCUCAGCUGAUCAAAUUCCCUCUGUGAAUCAGAUUUCCAGCUGUAAGUGGAACUCAAACCUCCUGCCAAGCUCCUACUGACAAUUUGCACAGAGGAGGUUUUUUCCAUCAGGAGUGUCAGUGAUCAGGAAAUGGUGGUAGAAUAUCCAAUGACAGUUUUAUCCCAUACAUUGCUGUAUGUGCAGAAAUAAAACAUCUCUUUAAAUAACUCAUUGUGAUUGCAAUACUUCUUUAGGUGAAGAUAAAAACAUUCUAAGUAAAUAGUGCUCCAUAUGAAAUCUCUUUGGUUAGCUUCAGAUAAUCUUUCUGAUAGUUGAAAAGCUACCAUGGUUAAAUAAAUCUUUUUUAAAAACUCCUCACCCCUUUUUCAGAUUUUUUCAUAUGAGUUCCUGUAGUACCCUGUCCACUUGACAGCAGUUCUGUAAGUUUUGAGUGAUCUUCAGUAUUUCCACUGCACAUGUAAAUGUGUUCUUAUAUCAAUUUACUUGGACCUGAGCCAAAAUAUGCCUUAAAAAUUUGGCUUUGGAUCAGGUUCUGAGAAUUCUCAGUUUACAGGUCUGUCUUUUCUCUUAAGAGGCAUUGAGAGCCUCAUAAUGUUUGACUUUCAAACUUGAAUAUUGGCCAUUUUUAGCCCAGAGAAAUGAAAUAAGUAUUUAUUGCCAAAUUUGUAUUGGCAGCUCUUAAGUCACAGGUGAGAUGGGGAGUGGGUGAGGUGAGCAGAUGCAGUGCCAACAGCUCAGGAAAGCAGCUGCCAGGGAGAGCAGGUGCCAAAAGUGAGCCAGGAGAGGGCUGGGAGCAUCCCCCCUCAGCACUGACAAGGGAAAUGGGGAGCAGCUGAGGCAAGGGAGGCUGAUGGAGGGCACUGCCAAAAGGCAGGGUGAUGAGAGCUCAGAAAACCAGAGGAGAGGGGACAUUAACCCUGCCACAUCCUUUAGCUCUCCCAGGUAAUCAGGCUACGGUUUUUCAGAUGUAAAAUGCAGGGUUGGAGGAAGGCAAGACAAACCCUCAGAGUCUCUGUGAGAGAUCAGUGACAAAUAUAUAAAGGAGUCAGAUUCCCCCAGAAGAUAAUUUUAUUGCUCAUGGUGUAGAGCUCUCACUAAGAAUUUUGAUCUACUUAGACAAGGUUUUAAAAGGAGAAAAAAAACAAAAAGCUUUCCUGCUGCAAUGAGCACUCGGUACAUCUUUGUAUGCUGUGUACAGUAUGAGCUAAAGCAUACCAUAUCUUGUUUUUGUUAUUCCACAGGUUGUCAACAGCCCACUUGCGAUAUCUGCCACCUGAAUUAUGUAUUAAUAAGUUAGCUACCACUGGAGCUAGUUUGUUUAUUGUUUCAGAAUCUUAUGUCCCUAUGAAAUGCUGUGUGUAUAUAUAUAUAUCUCUAUACUGUAAAAAGAAGUAAUAUCGCAGAUGCUGGUUUUGUAUUUAUGAAAGACAUUGAAAGUAUGGCUUAAAGUAUAUCAAUUAUUUGUCACUCUUCACCAUUUGUAUAUUAAUAGUAAAGAUACUUUUACUUUAA